AUGAGUCAUCGAGGAGGCCGUUUCACAAAGUCCCCCGCUGUCUACGGUUGGAUCUGGAGUGCAUUGGAGGGAGGUUUAUUGGAAGAACUACACUUGGAAUGCACCAGAAACGAAGUUAAUUUAGAGAGAAAGUUGUUGACGAGCAACACACUGGUUAAGCUCACACUAUCCCGUGAAUAUUGUCUUCUUGUCGACCGUGUCUUUCUCCCUGCCCUCAAAUCACUUUCUCUCUUAACUGUUGGAGGCUUUGAUUACGACAACUAUCGCCGCCUCAUCAAAGGCUGCCCUGUCCUUGAAGAAUUACUCAUUACUGAUAUCGCUGCUCAUGCUCUUGAUCCUUAUCCUCCAUGUGCCACCGCCUCUGUCAAAAGUCCUUCCAUCAAGCGACUUGUCAUCUCUCUCGAUAUGCCCUAUGAUUCUCCUCAUAAACACUCCUUUCAAGACUUUUAUAAUCAAUGUUAUGUUAAAGCACCAGGUCUUGUCUACCUUGACUAUUCUAGUCAUGUCUUUGCGGAUUAUCGCUUCGUUGAUUUGGAUUCCCUUCUCCAUGUCAGACUCAAUCUCAAGUUAUGGGACCAUCACAAGCAUUUUUUGUCUGAUCUUACUAAAUUAGCUUCCGGUAUAAGCAACAUUACAACCCUUCACUUGUCUCCUGAUUCACUUGAGGUACGUAGAUAUAGUAUGGUCUCUCUCUCUCUCUCACUUCAAUUCAAUCUACUGCUUGCUUGCUAG